GGGUUGUUGAGGGCAUUAACAUCCUUCACCGACGACCAUUGAAUGCAUUUACACAGUAUACGCUAUAAACCCACGACGGCCAUUAAUUAGCUCUCAUGCACUUGCAGGCAGCUUCUCUAUCCGUCUGUCGUUUCCAUUCCCAUCGAUCUAGCUUAUAAGGAGAAAGGAAUUUAUUCCUCUUUCCCACUCCAUCUUUUCAGAUUAUCAUAGAAAGAGCAAGUUUUAGGUUCUCUAGCUAGUAUUCGCCAAUGAAUAUCAUUUCAUUGAUUACCGGAAGGGCUGGCCCCAGUGGAUUUGGAUCAGCUUCCACCGCUGAACAGGUUACACAAGGAAUCGAUGCAACCAAUCUUACUGCUAUCAUCACCGGUGGUGCAAGUGGCAUAGGAUUGGAGACUGCAAGAGUGCUGGCUCUGCGUAAGGCCCAUGUCAUUAUUGCAGCAAGAAAUGUAGAUGCUGCAAAUCAAGCAAAACUGCUUAUCCUCAAAGAAGAUGAAACUGCAAGUGUUAAGGUUUUAAAGCUGGACCUCUCCUCAUUGAAGUCUGUGAGAGCUUUUGUUGACAGCUUCAAUGCCCUUCAUCUUCCACUCCACAUUUUAAUAAACAAUGCUGGUGUCAUGUUCUGCCCUUAUGAACUCUCUGAAGAUGGAGUAGAGUCGCAAUUUGCAAUCAAUCAUCUAGGUCAUUUUCACUUAACAAACCUUCUACUUGACAAGAUGAAAAGCACAGCUGAUGCUAGUGGUAUUGAAGGCAGGAUAGUGAACUUGUCAUCGAUUGCACACCAGUACACUUAUAAAGGUGGGAUCAGAUUUGACAGCAUCAAUGAUCAAAAUGGUUACAGUGAGAAAAGGGCUUAUGGACAGUCAAAACUAGCCAAUAUAUUGCAUGCCAAAGAGCUUUCCCGUCGUUUCCAGGAAGAAGGCGUGAACAUAACAGCAAAUGCAGUUCAUCCAGGGUUAAUAAUGACAAAUCUCUUCAAACAUGCUUUCACUACAAUGAAAAUUUUGCAGAUUUUAAGUUUCCUCGUGUGGAAAAAUGUACCCCAGGGGGCAGCCACCACAUGUUAUGUGGCACUCCACCCAAGUUUGAAAGGAGUGAGUGGAAACUACUUUCUGGACUGCAAUGAGAUGAAACCCUCCAAGCUCGCUCAGGAUCAAGUGUUGGCAACCAAGCUAUGGGACUUCACCAACAAACUCAUCAAGUCACUUACUAAACCCUGAGCUGAGAUAACCUGAUAAUUAUUAAUAUUAAUAUUAUUAUGCUUUGGUUAGUUCAAUAGGAGUACUUUGAAAAGUCUUGGAUUAUUAUGAAUUUCCAGUAAUUUCUAAUUCCCGUGUUUUGAUCUAAAAUUAAUGGCUUUAAGAUACUGGAGUA